GGUUAGCUUUGUAACGGCAAAACAGCCUGGUGAGCACUUAGCGCCCACAAUUAAAUAACCACUUAGCUCAAGUGUUUGACAGUUAUCACACUGGGAACAAAUGGUUUGUGAGAAUGUGCAGCCAUGGGUGACAUGAAAACCCCAGAUUUUGAUGAUCUUCUGGCAGCCUUUGAUAUCCCAGAUGCCACCGGACUUGAUGCUAAAGAACCCAUCCAGGGCAACCAUGAGGAGACAGAAAAUCAGCUAAAACACACAGGGAUGUGUUUGGAUGACAGCUUGCUUAAUAACCAAUCUGUCACAACUGCAGACACACCUCUUGUUAGUGUUAUAGUGAAAAGCAUAAGUCGGCAAGAGUCACUGGAAAGUUUUGGUGACGAGCUUCCUUCAGGACAAGCAUUGCAGAAUGGAUUCAAUGGACAGGAUAUUGACCCCGUGGCGCCGACCAACAGCGACUUUUCCAACUCUUUUCAGUGUGCUUUAAAUGGGGAGAGUUCAAGAGAGGCUCCCGAAAAAACUCUUGUGCAACAAAAAAGUGACGACAAGGCAAUAUUUUCCCCUUCACCAUCACAUUUCAGCCCCGUUUCAAGUCCUGCAUGUAAAGAGGCUCUGUGUAGUGGGAGGGAAAUUGUUUUGAAAGAAGUAAGCUCUUGUUUUUCAGAAGCUCCACUUUUAGAAGACCCUUUAGUCCCAGACAAUCAAAAUAAAUUAGACCUUUGCAUGUUUGAUAACUCUCCCAAGAACACAGAAGAAGGCAGAACAAAAAAUGGUGGACAUGAGGAGCUUUCUGUUAGUGACAUUAGUAAUAAAACAGAACGAUCCCCCAAAGUACACAGUGCAUUUCCCCCUUUAAGCAUUAACCCGGAUUGCAGUGAAAACAAUUGCAAUUCAGAAAGCACAGUGGACACAACUGGCUCUUAUUCACCUGUCAACUUUCAGACACCCAAAUUGUCCUCAUGUCUUGAGGCUCUGGUUGCUCUAAAUGCUAGAAAAGAGCCUGUUGAGCAGACUAAUCCUAGAGAGUCAUCAGCAAUGCAGAAUGACUGUAUUAAAGUUAGCCACAAAGUAACAAUGUCCCCCAAAAGCCCCAGAAGUCCACUUGAAGCAGUAAAACGGUUAGUAAAACCUUCUGAUAGCCCUGUGAGCAUCUGCAGUGAUAGCAGUGGUAAAGCAUCUCCUGCAGUCACAUCUGGGUCGCCUCCAGCCAUACCCAGGGUCAGAAUCAAGACAAUUAAAACAACAUCUGGGCAGAUAAAGCGCACAGUUACCAGUGUACUGCCAGACUCGGAAACGGAUGAAGUUCAUGCUUAUGAAUCCUCGCCGUCCCAGAGUAUAAUUAGUGAGGAUUCUUACUGCAACGCUUCUCCUCAUCAGCCUCAGACUGUUGAUGGUGUUGUUGGGAUACAAAAUAAAGGUAAAUCCACUAGCACAACUUUGCCAAAAGUAUUACACAGAAAGUCUGAGGAAAAAUCAAGGAACACUGAAACAUUUCUUGACGCUAGUCGUUCCGUCAAAAGAUCUGGUGCACAUCAGGUGCAUAAUUCAAGAAAAGCGUCAACUACAACAGCUCAAACAUCUAACACAAGCUUUCUUCCUCAAGCAAUGCACUUGGCAAGUCUAAACCUGGUUCCUCACAGUGUUGCUGCUUCAGUAGCUGCAAGGCCCACCUCUCAUCAGCAGAAUUCACACAUACUUUCCUCCACAGUGUGCAGUUCGGUCCCGCUGGUGCACCAGGUCAAAACAGCAAACCCUUAUCCACAUUCAUUUCCUCCAAGCACAGCUGCAGGAACCUUAAACAGACUGUUGAACAGUACCAACCCAGUGCCUACAUAUGUGCCCAACCUGAGCCCCCCUCCAGAGAGCAACAUCAACCUUCCAUCACACGGAUACUGCUGCCUCGAGUGCGGAGACUCAUUUGGCAUUGAGAGAAGCCUUGCUUAUCAUUACAACAGAAGGAGCGUUCAAAUCGAAGUGGGGUGUACACACUGUGCAAAGACCUUGGUUUUCUUCAACAAAUGUGCCUUGUUGGCACAUGCACGGGAGCACAAAAACAACGGCACGGUAAUGCAGUGCACGCAGCUCCAUUUGAGACCCAUAUCUGAGGAGCAGAUGUUUGUACCUCUGAGUGCGGAGCUGGUUCCAGCAGGUCCACCUUUACUCUCACCUAAAAGUGAACCAGUCCUGCCCUUGUAUCCAGAUAAAGUAAUUCGCAACAGACUUUGUUGUCUGGAGUGUAACAAGCAGUUACCAGACUACAAAGCACUUGCAGGUCACUACCAAAAGUCAUCAGAGGUUGUGGAAGGGCUGAUUUGUAAAGUAUGCUCAAUGCUGUUACCCAACAAGUGUAGCUUCAGAGCUCACCAGCGCAUUCAUGCUCACAAGUCCCCUUACUGCUGUCCUGAGUGUGGUGGCCUAAGUCGGUCUGCAGACAUACAGAAGCACGUCAGAGAAAACUGUCUGCAUUAUGCCCGCAAGGCUUGGUUCAAAUGUCUUCACUGUGAUAUGGUGUUCAGGACCCUACAAGGACAAAAGACUCACAUCGACGAGAAACACUGUGAAGUCUUUUACAAAUGCUGCGUCUGUCCAGUUGCAUUCAAGACCUCUGACAGCUGUGAAGUACAUUUAAAAAACAAACACGACGAUAACAAACAGUCGCCCCUGUUGGUGUUUAAGUGUUCGUGUGAGGCUGUUUUCAAGAAAAAGCAGCUGUUUUUUCAACAUUUCCUUCAAAAUGCCAACAAGCGAGUGACCUGUGUGUUUAAAUGUCCAGAAUGCAAUUCAGUCUUUCCACAAAAGCGACUGUUAGUGCAUCACUUCAAGGGUGUACAUGCAGGAAACGUGACUGCUGAGACAGAAAAAGACACCAAAGAAGACGACAAGACUGAGUGUUAUUCAGAUUCUCAUUCUGAUCCACAACAGAGGGGUCAGGACACUCGUAAACACACAGAUGCUUCCAGAAAAAGGCCAGAACAAGAUGGCAGAUCUCGCACAAAGCCCAGUGGCUGGACAUGUGGCGAAUGUCUACAGUGGUUUGCUGAGAGAGAGUCCUACGUGUCUCACAUGAAGACCAACCACGGAAAGUCGGUGAAGAAGUAUCCGUGCCGACACUGCGAGCAGUCCUUCAUCUCUGCAGUCAGUCUGAGGAGACACGUUCGCAGUGACCAUGAUGGGAAAAAGAGAACUUACAGUUGUUGGUAUUGCACAGACACUAAGACGAUAUUUACAACAAGUGUAAUGCUGAAGAACCACAUAAGUCUUAUGCAUGGAAUUAAAAACCCUGAUCUUGGUCAAAUGCCAAAAUCAUCCAUCCAGGAAUUCCAAAAAGAUUCAGACAAGGAGUUGGUGCCAGCGACGCCUGAUGUGAGUGCUCAGGCCGACAGCCAGGAUCACGCAGGUCUCGAGGCUCCUUCAGCUAAACGUCUAAAAACUCAGUUUCGCUGUUCGAAGUGCGGUUUCAUCACCACCAAGAGUACAACGUUCCAGCAGCAUAUACCUCAGCAUAAAAGAGAUAAAAACACACCUCAGUGUCUUCACUGCGGCCUGUGCUUUACGUCUGUGUUCUCUCUCAGAAGACAUCUUUUUAUUGUGCACAAAGUCAAAGAUCUUGAGAAAGCAGGAGAAGGAAGAGAAAAGCAGGUGGAGGGAGACGUUGGGAAAAAGGAGCGUGCCGGUCAGACAUCAGCAGACGCUGAUGAGGCGAAUGACUUUGAACCCUCGCUGGAAGGAGAGCCAGAAAAUCAUCAACGUUCCGAAGCUACGGACGCUCCUUUAAAACUACGCUCUCGGACAGAAGCCACUCCAGCAGUGAGAACUACAUAAGCUGCUGAAUUUUUUUAUCUUUUUUUUUUUUUACCCCUGAAGUUCGAGCCACGUUUAUGCUUUAACGUCAGA